CUGGGGGCGGAGGCGGUCAGAUGAAGACAGUAUAGCAGGCAGCCAAUGGGGAGCUGCGUGCGGGCUACGUAACGGCGAAAUGAGGGCGGGAGUAGCACAAAGCCAAUGGGGAUGCCCGAAAGUGGACGGUAUAGGAGAUGGGAUGAUUAGGGAAUCAAUGGAGAGGCGGGAAUGGAGUGGUCGGAAACGGAAUGAAAAGAGCAGAAGUGGGACAGCCAAUGGAAAGUCUGAGAGGGAGUGGUAUGUGGGCGGCGGGGAAAGUGGACCGGCUACAGGCGAUGGAGGCAGCAGGGAGUGAAUGGAGAGGCCCAAAAAGUAAGAGAUCGGCCUGAAGCCAGUCUCGAAGAAGGGUUGGAGUGAAUGUUGGAUGACUAGAACCCUGGGCCAUGCAGGGUGUUGGGGAGGCAAGGGCUGGGAGUCUCAGCCAUGGGCUGUCCGGAGAAGCCCAUGGGGCUGGUCUCACAUGUUGAUCAUUGGUUGGAGGGGUUGCCCGCCGUGGUGAGGAAAUGCAAUCGCCAAUUCUUGGACAACCUUAAAACUUCACAAGCUUCAAGCCUCAGAGGACUCUCCAAAUCCAAGAACCUGCCAGUCAUGGCAUCCUAGAAUUUAAAACUUGAGACCGUUGGGCUCAGGGAAACCUGGGGCUUUCAAAGCCUGGCAUCGAGGAAGGCAGGUCCCCCACUCUCCAGCGCUAUGAUCUUGGGCAAGUUACUUGACUACUUUGCAUCUCUGUUUUCCCAUUCUGAAUAAUGGCAAUGAUAAUGAGAUGGACCUCACAGGGCCACGAGGAGGAUUAAAUAUCAUCAUUUGUAAGAAAUGUUCAGCGCUGUGUCUGGCACAUGAAAACUUCAAGAUAAACAUCAGCUAUGGGGAUGAUGGCAUACAUUUGGAAUCCCAAAUCCUUGGAAACUGGGAUUUUUUGAAGCAGAAACUGCAAAGGCUGAGGGCCUCAGAAGCAUCAGGGCCUCAGAAGCCUUCAUGCGAGAGGGCUGGGUCUCAAGGGGCCUCUGGGACUCAUGCGAAUGGAUGUAUUAAUUCUGGGAGCCUGGUUGGGACCUUCCCAGUAGGGUAGCCACCAGGUCAGAGCUCUCGGGCCCUAAGACACAAUGAAGCAAGGCUUUUCUCUCUUUCCUCACUCAGUGACUCUCAGUGGAUUUGGGGAAUCAGUAAUUCUGAGACUCUUCUAUUCCAUGAAUUGUGGGGGGUGGAGGUGAACUCCCUUGCCUCUUUCUCCAUGAAAUAACGUAUAUGCAUGCCCCUCAUCCUCUGUGGAAAGAUGGGCGGCAGGAGCUUCCAGAGUUCCCCCUACCUGGGCAGUGAGAGUGAGGAUGACCAUAUCAAUUUCACCUAUGGAGAAACUGAGGCGAGGCCUCUGGAAACCCAAACCUAUUCUGUUUCUUUCCUUGGUGUUUCCUGGGCCUCGGUUCCUCUCUUUCCUCACAGACCCUCACAUAUCCCCUCACAGGUGUGUCUCUACUGGUCCCAGGAUAUCCCUGUGAUUUAUUUGGGUUGUUUUCCCUUGCUGUUUUUUUUUUUCUCUGUACAUACUUUUGUUUCAAAAACUGGAGUUUUCUCAUGAGCCCUGCUAUCUCAUUGAUACUUCUCACCUCUGUGGUGAGGGGAAGAAAUCAUAUUUUCAGAUGACUCGUAAAGGGCAAAGAAAAAACCCAAAAUUUCAAAAUUUCCAUUUAAGUCUCAUAAUCAAGAAGCGGAGAAACAGAGAGAAAACUACAAGAACCCCCCCCCAACACACACCCCGUGAUUAUCAGCACACUCACUCAUCAAAAAAAAAAAAAAUUGGAUUAUUAGAAGAGAGAGGUCUGUGGCUUCCACGCCGUGGUUUUUCUUCUCGGUAUAAAAGCAAAGUUGUUUUUGAUAUGUGACAGUUUCCCACAAGCCAGGCUGAUCCUUUUCUGUCAGUCCACAUCACCAAGCCUGCCUUCAGACAAGGACCCAAUGCCUAACCCCAGGCCAGCCAAGCCCUUGGCCCCUUCCUUGGCCCUCAGCCCAUCCCUGGGGUCCUUGUCCAGCUGGAGGGCUGCACCCAAGGCCUCAGACCUACUGGGGACCAGGGGACCAGGGGAAACUUUCCAGGGCCGGGACCUCCGAGGCGGGGCCCACACCUCCUCCUCAUCCUUGAACCCCAUGCCACCAUCACAGCUGCAGCUGCCUACAGUUCCCCUAGUCAUGGUGGCACCCUCCAGGGCACGACUGGGCCCCUCGCCCCAUUCACAGGCACUCCUCCAGGAGAGACCACACUUCGUGCAUCAGGUACGGCCUCUGAACAGGCAGAGGGGAGGAAGCAAGUGGUUGAGCUGUGCGGAGGGGGCCCCAAGCCAGGCUGAACCACAGCUCAUAUAUGCCCCCCAGCUCUCAACAGUGGAUGCCCAUGCCCGGACUCCUGUGCUGCAAGUGCACCCACUGGAAAGUCCAGCCAUGAUCAGCCUCCCGCCACCCACCACUGCCACCGGAGUCUUCUCUCUCAAGGCCCGGCCUGGCCUGCCACCUGGGAUCAACAUGGCCAGCCUGGAGUGGUUGUCCAGGGAACCGGCGCUGCUGUGCACCCUCCCCAGCCCCGGGGCACCCAGGAAGGACAGCACCCUCAUGCCACAGAGCUCCUACCCACUGCUGUCAAAUGGUGUCUGCAAGUGGCCUGGAUGCGAGAAGGUCUUUGAGCAGCCAGAGGACUUCCUCAAGCACUGCCAGGUGGACCAUCUCCUGGAUGAGAAGGGCAGGGCGCAGUGUCUCCUCCAGAAGGAAAUGGUGCAGUCUCUGGAGCAGCAGCUGGUAAUGGAGAAGGAGAAGCUGGGCGCCAUGCAGGCCCACUUGGCUGGGAAGAUGGCACUGACCAAGGCUCCAUCUGCGGCAUCCUCUGACAAGAGCUCCUGCUGCACUGUAGCUGCAGGCACCACGGGCAGUGCCCUCCCCGCCUGGCCUGGCCCUGGGGAGGCCCCCAACGGCCUGUUUGCUGUGCGCAGGCACCUCUGGGGCAGCCAUGGAAAUAGUACAUUCCCAGAGUUCUUCCACAACAUGGACUACUUCAAGUUCCACAACAUGCGGCCCCCUUUCACUUAUGCUACUCUCAUCCGCUGGGCCAUCCUGGAGGCUCCUGAGAAGCAGCGGACACUCAAUGAGAUCUACCACUGGUUCACACGCAUGUUCGCCUUCUUCAGAAACCACCCUGCUACCUGGAAGAAUGCCAUUCGCCACAACCUGAGCCUACACAAGUGCUUUGUGCGGGUGGAGAGUGAGAAGGGGGCUGUGUGGACCGUGGAUGAGUUCGAGUUCCGCAAGAAGAGGAGCCAGAGGCCCAGCAGGUGCUCCAACCCCAUACCUGGCCCCUGAUCUCAGAACCAAGGAAAAAAGGAAGGACAGGGGCCAAAAUCAGGGGUGGAGGGGGCAGGGGUAACAGGCCCUGGCUAUGUCCACAAAGACCAACAAGUGAAGUUUCUACUGUCUUGCCUGCCAGGGACCCUACUUCCCAGCGGACCACCCCUCCUGGAUCACAUCCUCUGCACCAAGGCUGCUCAGAGGGGCCCCAGCCCCAGCCCCAGCCUUCAAUCCCCACCCCACCCCCUGUGACAGGCUCUCCAGCCAAACUGAGCCUUCACAACCAAUUAUACACAUAGCCCACCUCAGUCACUCUCAGAGACCAUCUCAGGGCUGGAGAAGUCCACAGACAGUCACAGGUCGCAAUCCUGUCACUUGGACUCAAUAACUCCCAAACACAAAGGGGCUGCCUCAGUACUCAGAAAACCUCAAUGCUGCAGUCACACCAACAAACAAGCACACAGGAUCAGUCCUGUCACACACACACAGCCCAAAACAUACACACAUACCCCAAAACAUACACACACAGCCAGCCUGCUGUAUCACACAGUGGCUCACCCAGACACAUGGAAGCAGCCUUAGGAUACUCAUGGUCUCCAGUCUGGGAGAGUCACACAGACAUACCACCUAUCAUGUGUGGUCUCAUGCAAGCUUCCUGCACACGCACUGAGUCACAAACCCAGCCCACUGGAAUGCACCUGCAUAUCUCUCAUUCUCUCACACACACACACACAGCACCCCAGUGUUCUCACAAGUCCCACCAGACAGACAGCUGCCCACCCCACGGCCCUUGCCCUGUGCCAUGUGUCCCCAAUCCAUGCCUCAGCUUAGACUGCACACAGAGCCCCUCGUUUAUUUGGGAUCCAAGACUCCUAUCCUCU